CAAAAUGGCAGUCAGUAUAAAUACAAAUGCCGCGGAGACGAGCAGAGUGGACAUUAAAGCGGAAAUAAUUAUUAUUCAUUUAUUAUUUUUGUUGCAAAGUUGCUUUUACCCCUUCUGUAGUAAUUUCCACGCUUCAAGCGUUGAUGUCAGCUUUCGAUUUUCAACUUUGAAAGUUUUUAAAACUAAGGAUUUGUGUAUAUUUUGGAAAAGUUUGAAGCUUGUGAAGAAAACCUAUUAUCUGUUUCUUCGCCAUAUUUGUCUGCAUGGCAAAGCAAAACGAAGGAAUAUGAAUAAUGAAAGAAAUUGAGAUCAAUUGAAAAUGACAACCAGAUUAGAUCGGUUGUUCCUACUCUUGGAUACUGGAUCAACACCUUUGAUAAGAAAAUCAGCUGCUGAACAGCUUGGUGAGGUCCAGAAAUUACACCCUUAUGAACUGAACAAUCUUUUAUCAAAGGUUCAUGGAUACUUAUGUAGCCAAAGUUGGGAAACCAGAAUUGCCGCAGGGCAGGCAGUUGAAGCAAUAUGUAGGAAUGUGCCAAAAUUUGAACCCAAAAUAUGUAUUAAGCAAGAGUCCUUAGAACCUGCCACUUCAGAAGUUACAGGGAAGUUGCUGUUUUCUCAGUUUGAUCUCAGGAAAGUUCUUGUUCAUGGAACUUCAUUACUUAGCACCGAAGAAAAACAGUUUGAACUUGGAGAAGAAUUUUCUGGAUUAGAUGAUAAAGAGAAACUAAGUAGACAACGACAGAUGUUAAACAAGAAACUAGGUUUAGAUAUGGCGGGAAGCUUGAAAUUAGGUCUUGAUGGGGAUUUAUUUUCGGACGAGGAUCUUAAAUCUGGAUUAAGCACAUCUUGUGACAAUACAAUUAAACAAGAAAAGACAUGUGUAUCAGAGAUAAUAAAACAACAACUAAUGGAUGUUACCAGUGGAAUGAGUGCCAGAGAAAGAAACAGAGCCAAGCGUAGAACUAAAUUGUUAGCUAAACAGAGGUCAAGGGAUGUCCAAAGUGAGCAGCUUUCAUUCGAUGCAGAACCUCCAUUGAAAAAGUCAAGGUCAUUGGCUGAAGGUGACACUAACAGUAAUGGGAAAUUAAAUGUUGAGAUUAAAGAAGAGAAACUCAUCAUAGAAAACAAUGCUGAUAAUACUCUAAAUAUGGAAGAGGUAGAAGAAUGGCCAUUUGAAUCCUUCAGUGAGAUGUUGAUGAACGACCUCUUCCAUAGUUCAUGGGAAACCAGGCAUGGUGCUGCAACUGGUCUGAGGGAUGUUAUAAAAUACCAUGGCAACACAGCAGGAAUGUCAGUGGAUACACCUCAGGAUCAACUUACAGGAAUAAACCAGUUCUGGCUUUCAGAUGUAUCCCUCAGACUGUUAUGUGUAAUGGCUCUGGAUAGAUUUGGAGAUUUUGUGUCAGAUGAGGUGGUAGCUCCAGUGCGAGAAUCAUGUGCUCAAUGUUUAGGUGUUCUAAUCAAGUUUUUAAAUGCUCCAGAGGUAGAAGGUGUUGUCAUGGUAUUACUGCAGCUGUUAAGUCAGAGUCAGUGGGAAGUCCGACAUGGUGGCCUUCUUGGAUUUAAGUAUCUUUUGGCAGUUAGACAGGAUAUGACAGAGAUAAUAUUGCCAACCAUUCUGCCUUCCUUGUUCUGUGGCAUCCAGGAUAUAAGUGAUGACGUCAGAGCUGUGGCAGCUGCAGCUUUAGUACCAGUGGCAAACAGUCUCAUUACCCUUAUGCCAUUACAGGUGCCACUAAUAGUAUCAUGUUUGUGGGAGACAUUACUUGACCUGGAUGACCUCACAUCAUCAACCAAUAGCAUCAUGACAUUGCUAUCAACAAUGUUAUCUCAUCCUCAAUCAUCUAUACUAAACUGGUUAACAACCCCGCUUACAGAAUUGGUGCCAAGAUUAUGGCCAUUUCUAAGACACAACAUAACUUCUGUCAGAAAGUCAGCCCUAGAAACAUUUUAUACGUUAUUAACUGUCGAAACACCACAACAUCCAACAUCAGCAUGGCUGCCAUUUAUCUUAAGUGAUGCCCUUCGUCACAUUUAUCAGAGGAGCCUCCUGGAAGAGAAUUUAGACGUAUUAUCUGUUGUAAUAAAAGUAUGGUCCAAGUUACUUAUGAAAGUGCCCCUGGAACAUCUGUUAUCGCAGGCAACACCCUGGUUAGGAGUCUGGUUGUCACAGUGUAUGCAGCCUUCCAACAUCCCGUUUGAUCCGGUUUACAUGCUGUCUGCUAAACAUCGUGUUCGGCCUGAAGGAGCCCGUAACCAGAUGUGUCAGAUUCCUCAACCGUCCCCUAGAACAGACAUCAAUAAAGAUUACAUAGCUGGAAUGUUAACACUGAAUGCAUCAGUCCUAGAAAGAGAUACAGCUGUACUGAAAGCCAGAAUGACAUCAGCAAAAUUACUGGGUAUGCUUUGCGAUUUUAUAACCAGAGAUGUACCAGAUUUCCCUUCAGGACCAGAGAAACCUGUGGACUCUAUUGCCAAACUGUUUAUAUUUCAUCUGAAUAACAAGUCAGCAGUCCAAAGAUUUGUCAUAGGCCAGGUUACAUAUGAAUGGGCCAAUGCCAGUCAGAAUUGUACCUGUCCUGAAAGUGUGACUACCAAAUUAAUGGAAUGUUUAUGUGAAUCUCUGUAUUAUGAUGAGAUAGCAGUUUCCUUCACACACAUGCAGUCUGACUGUAAAGAUUUUAUAUCAGCUCUUAAACAACAAGGUGUAGAUUUAGAUGUGUAUUAUCCACCUGGUAAUAUAUUAACAGUAGAACAAGCCUCUGCUCUAACCACCUCAGUUUAUGAAGAGAUUAGGUCCAAUCUCCGUCCAAAGGUUCAUCAGACUUUUGAAGAUAGAAGAAAACAGUUACAGAAAAUGGUCGAGCAGACAACUAAAGAACUACAAACUCUUACCCUCAGAGUGCAGUGUUCAUUAUCCAAAGCAGUUGUAGAAUUGAACAAUUUACCAGAAAAAAUGAAUCCAGUUGUUAGGCCACUGAUGGAAUGUAUGAAGAAAGAAGAAAAUAUUGAUCUCCAGUUUGAGGCAGCUGAAAGUUUGUGUCACCUGAUUAAGAAAUGUCUUACACGAAAUCCCAAUCCCAGUGUCAAGGUAGUCAAGAAUCUACAUGGAUUUCUGUGCUGUGAUCCAACUUUCACUCCUCUGGUAGAAAAUCCUCAGGCUGAUAUCACAGAUGGAGUUGAAGUGAAAUGUACAAAGACCUCAGGAAUUUUAACUUUAACAAAACACCAAAAGGCAACCGAUGUUGGGAGGAGAUGGCUCAGGAAAACUCCAAGUGUCAAGUUAGAUCUUGGUGUUUCACCUGAAUUAGCAGAAGACAAAGCAGAGAUACAAAAACAGCAUCAGAUACAAAGAAGAGGAGGUGAUGUGGCUCUCAGUAAAAUGUGUCGACUCUUUGGAGAUCAUUUGGGAACUGAGUUACCUACCUUGUGGGAAGCUAUUACUAGUCCUUUAGAAAAGUUAGAAAAAGAUAUUACAGAAGAAAUUCCAACAGAUAUUGCUCAGGAGACUGUUAAUUCAUUACAGUUAAUAGAAGCUGUCGGAUCCUCAUUAGACUCAUCACUCAUAGAACAGAUAAAACAGAAACUUUCCUCCAUUUUGAAUGGAUUAAAGAAUUCAUACACAGCAAUUAGACACAUGUCAGCACGAAGUGUGGGCAUGAUGGCCCAGAUAUUAACCUCACACACCUUAUCAUUUAUUAUGGAUAAAAUCCUGCCAUUAAUGGGAGACAUGGAACAUGAAAAACAUAGACAAGGAGCUUGUGAAGCUUUAGCCUGUGUAAUAGACGUGAUGGGAAUGGAUCUCUUGCCAUACAUAGUAUUACUGGUAGUACCCAUUUUAGGGAGAAUGAGUGAUCAGAAUGAGGCUGUCAGACUCAUGGCCACACACUGUUUUGCCACACUGAUUCGACUAAUGCCACUCGAGGCCGGGGUUCCAGACCCACCUGAAAUGGAGGCUAGGCUGACAGCAGAGAAAGAAAAGCAACGUCAGUUUUUGGAACAGUUGAUGGAUAGCUCAAAAUUGGAGAGUUACAAAGUGGCUAUACCAGUAGAUGCAGAGCUCAGAAAAUAUCAACAGGAUGGUGUAAAUUGGUUAGCAUUUCUAAACAAGUACAGUUUACAUGGAAUACUGUGUGAUGACAUGGGAUUAGGGAAGACUUUGCAGUCUAUCUGUAUCUUAGCUAGUGACCAUUUUCUGAGAGAUCAAAAGUACCAGAAUACAAAAGGUCCUGAUUGUGUACCAAUGCCAUCUAUUGUUGUGUGUCCACCCACACUGAUUGGUCACUGGGUAUAUGAAGUUAACAAGUUUGUGGAUGUGAAAUAUCUGAAUCCUCUGAUGUAUGCUGGACCCCCAGGGGAGAGAACUAGAUUACAGAAGAAAGUAAAGAAGCACAACUUGAUAGUGGCAUCAUAUGAUGUUGUAAGGAAUGACAUUGAUUUCUUUGGGUCAAUAAAAUGGAAUUAUUGUGUACUGGAUGAGGGACAUGUUAUUAAAAAUGGUAAAACAAAGUUAUCAAAAGCUGUAAAACAGCUGACCUGUAACCACAGACUGAUAUUGUCAGGGACCCCUAUCCAGAACAAUGUCUUGGACUUGUGGUCCCUGUUUGAUUUCCUGAUGCCUGGAUUCCUGGGUACUGAGAAACAAUUCCAGGCCAGAUAUGGCAAACCCAUUCUACAAAGUAGGGAUGCCAAGAGCACGUCUAAGGAACAAGAAGCAGGAGCAUUAGCUAUGGAAUCUCUUCACAGACAAGUCUUACCGUUCAUCCUAAGAAGAUUAAAGGAGGAUGUAUUACAGGACUUACCCCCUAAAAUCAUACAGGAUUAUUACUGUGAUCUCAGUCCAUUACAGGUUCAGUUGUAUGAAGAUUUUGCCAAGUCGAGGGCAAAGCAAGGUUUGGAUGAUGUUGUCACUCAAUUAGGAGGAGAGGAAGAUACACAGAAACAGAGUCCAUCAAUCGGUCACGUGUUCCAGGCAUUACAAUACCUAAAGAAAGUCUGUAAUCACCCAUCUCUGGUACUGACGCCAAACCAUCCUAAAUAUAAAGAGAUUACUCUCCAGCUCAAACAACAGAAUUCCAAUCUGCGUGAUCUCCAACAUACUCCUAAACUAAUGGCUCUCAGACAAUUGUUAAAUGAUUGUGGUAUAGGGGUGUCCAGUUUCAGUGGUACCAGUGGUCAGGCAGCUUUGAGUGAAGGUCCAGUUGUUGGUCAGCACAGGGUCUUGCUCUUCUGUCAGCUCAAAAGUAUGCUGGAAAUCGUAGAAAAUGAUCUGCUCAAAACUCACAUGCCAAGUGUUACUUACCUCAGGUUAGAUGGAAGUGUACCUGCCAAUAACAGACAUAAUAUUGUUAACAGGUUCAACAAUGAUCCAUCUAUUGAUAUUUUAUUAUUGACUACUCACGUUGGAGGACUUGGAUUAAAUUUGACUGGUGCUGAUACUGUCAUCUUUGUGGAACACGAUUGGAAUCCAAUGAAAGAUUUACAGGCCAUGGACAGAGCACACAGAAUUGGACAGAAGAAAGUUGUCAAUGUAUAUAGGCUGAUUACAAGAGGAACACUUGAGGAAAAGAUCAUGGGUCUUCAAAAGUUCAAAAUGACAAUUGCUAACACAGUUAUCAGCCAAGAAAAUGCCAGCUUACAAAGCAUGGGAACUGAUCAGUUGUUAGACCUGUUUUCAUUGGAUGAGAAGAACAAAGGAGAAAAGAUUGCAGGCUCAUCACAGGGAGACAAAUGGAAUAGAAAGGAAAGCAUGCAAACUGUUAUCGAAAGUCUAGGGGAAUUAUGGGAUGAAUCACAAUAUGAAAAGGAAUACAGUCUGGACAAUUUUAUGGAAUCUCUUAAAUGAAGCAUUGUAUGUGGGGUUUAAACUAUUACAAAAUACAAACCUAAUCAGAUAAGUAAUUAGAAAAUAGCCAGCAGUCAUAGAUUUAACUAUUUAUAAUGACCUGGAAUUUAUUUUUGGACUUUUAGAUUAUGGUUUGUUGAUGUAGUGUUUCCUACGUCCUGAACAUGCAUGAAAUAUUCGUCACUGGACGUUAAGCAAAACCAACAAUCAAUUGUGUAAUGUUUCCUCGUGUCUGUUUUGAAACUUCUGAAUAAAAACUUGUUCUUAGCGUCAGUGAAAAGGUCAAACAUUGCAGGGUUAUAUAAUUGCUCAGUUGUACACCAUAACAACACAUUCCUUCCUUUUUUUGUCGUAAUUCCAAAAGCCAUUGUCCUGUCUUUUAAUUUGUUGAGGAUAGGUGGACAUUGCCGAUUUUUUUUAACUGGUGAUAAGAGUAAUUUUCAAAUAUUGAUGAGGAAUUCUAUAAAACAAGUACAAUUUCUAGUUAAGUUGAUGUAAAUUUCUAAAUAUUUAAGGUAGCACUACAGUCAGAAUUUUCUGACUCCAACCAACAGUCUUUAAAGAUUAAUUUCUCCAAAACUACUCGAUGGAUUUUUAAAAUCUUUAACUCAUUUUAAAGCUGAAAUAUAACUCUUUCUAAAUCUAUAGAUAAAUUUAUUUUUGGUAUGAUUAAUCUCAAAAUAUAGCUCAUUAAUUGCCAAAAAAGUGGUCUUCCAACUUGGAUGAAAAUGGCACAUUCAGGUCAAAUGGUAGUAAAAAUUUGUUUUCAUCCCUUUAAUCAACCAUUCACUAUCUACAAAACUGUGUCUCAGAUUUUUGAUAUAUGCCUCCAGUAAUAAGAUAUAUUAUUUUUACUGCUGGAUGCCAAACCUCAUUUCACCUUUCAUCUUUGGAGACCUAUAAAUUCAUUUAGAAACAAAUUAUCCAAAAACUGGGACACAGUAUUGUAGAAAAUACUCCCUUCAAUCACAUAUAUCAAAGUCAAGCCAAAGGGGGUACCCAUAAAGUUUCUAUUUUCAUUUUUUCCUUACAAUUCUCAUGAAAAAAUUGUUCUGAGAAAUGACCUUAAAACUGAAUUUCCUCUUAAGAACCCCUAUAAAUGCCACAUAAAUACAAAAAUUCCACUGGGAACACCCCAGGAGUGUUCUGACACCAUUACUUUAUCAAUAGAACCACACACAUUGUGUCUUUGAUGCUCUAAUGCUGUAAAAUUUGCAUUUUGUGUGCACUGUAUAACACUAACUUGGCAUUUGGCGGGAGUUUGACGUCACAGAUUUGACCAACAUCUGUGAUGUAGUAAUUAAAUAAAGACAAAGCUCCGCCUCUGUCCAGACAGUCUAAGAUAAGAGAAUAACAGGAUUGGCCAGCUGCAUCAUAAUUAAUAUUUAACAUCAUUAUUCUCACUAUAAAGAAUAAUUUUCAUUUGAAUUUUAAAAAGAAAUAUAAUAUGACCAUGAUGACUGAAAUUAGCUAAUAUAUCAAAAUUAAAAUACAUGUCCAUAAAAAGAUCAAGACCAUCCCCUUCUUGAAAAUAGACUGUCCAACAUGAUUUAUGAGUUUCAUGGAAUUAAAAAAUUUCACAUAAACUUAAAAUUAGUUAAAAUGCCUAAAAUUAUUUUUAAAUGUAGAAGACCAAAGACGAGAAAUUUAUACAGGCAGUCAGAGGCUUUCAAAGAUAUUUUCACACUCUUUUCCAUAUUUUUUUUUCAUUUUGGUAGAUUUUUUCCCUUUAAAUUUUUUCCUAUUCAUAUCUUUUUCUUUUUGUCUGUUCUAAACUUCCAUGUUUUAUAAAUUAGUUUUGUUGCAAUGCAAUGAGAUAUUUUUAUCUUGUGGUCAGGGAUUAACAGCUGGACACUGGUAUCAACAGAUGAUUGACAUAUUAGCCCCUCCCAAAUGCCUAUAUAUUUAGAUUAAUUACAUGUGCUUUUAUUUACAAAAGUUCAUUAUCAAUUUACUCCCUGUUGUGAUAUGAUAAUGACUUUGGGAUUUUUACAAACUGUGCAGAAUAAUACUUACUUCAAAAUUAUGUGAUAAAAAAAAUAUCUUCAAAAAAUCAUUGUUAGACUGUAGUGCUACCUUAA